AAAUUAUAAAACCGGAAUCCUAAAAUUUCGACAUGAAAACUCCUAAGUCCUUAAAUAAAUCUAAUCAAAAUUUUGAAAAUCGUGGAUUUAAUCAAACUCCUAAAGCUAGAAACAUGAAAUCUAAAACUCCAAAUAGUUUACCUCAAAAAAAAUCUAAAAUUUUUGCAAAUAAGCAAAAUAAUAGCCCUAAUAAUAAAUUACAAAAAAAUGGUCCAUCUCCGAAGAAAUCAAUCCUAAAAAAUGGUUCAUCUCAAAAGAAAUCAAUUAAGAAAAAUAUUUCAAUUCAUAAUGGAAAUAAGAGUAAAAACACUCCUAAAAAAUAUAACAACAAAAGACUCAAAGAAGAUGAAGAUUCAGAUGUUGAUUCAAUAAUUGAUAGGGAAGCUGAAGAAAUGGAAUCUGAAGAAAUUGAUAGCGAUUUUCACGAUUUAGAUGAUUUAGCUAGUGACUACGAAAAGGACAUAAAAAUCAAAAAAACAAAAUCUAAGAAUUUAAGUAAAAAAGGACAACAACCAUUAAAGAUAGUGAAUAAAGGUUCAGACAAGGAUGACGUGAUUCCGAAAAAGCAGGUGGUUAAAAAGCGAAAGCCGAAUGAAAAUAAAAAAACGAUUGAAAUCGAGAAAAAAAUCGCUAUCAAAGAAAAUGAAAAUAAAACGACUGAAAUUGAGAAAAAAGACACUACUAAAGAUGAUGAAAUGAAUGAGAAGAUAACGAAGGAGAAAAAUAAGAAUAUAAAGACUUCCCCAGCUAAAGACAUAGAAACCAGUCCACUACCCGAAGACGUGCUGGCCAUGGUUAUGGAAAGAAUAGUCGAGAAGAACAAAAGAACUCUCUUCGUGAAAGCGGCGGAUAUUCUAGAUCACGUGGCGACGGACGAUUUUAUGAAGCUGCAUCCCGACAUCACCCACGUGCAAUUCAAUAAACGCCAAAAGAGAGCCUUCAUCGAAUUCGAGGAUGAGGCAACCUGCGUGAAAGCUGUUAAAUCCCUAAAAAACAAAAAACUGGGCACCAAGGACGUAACCUUCGAUUAUUGCGGGGAUAAAAGUGAGAGGAAGGUGCCACUCGACAAACCAUAUCUAUCAAGACCGUAUGAUCCAAAGACCCUAUAUGUUACUGGGUUUGGUAAGGACGCAACUAAAGAAAUUCUGAAAAGAUUAUUUACAAGUUCUUCCAGUAUAAACGUCCUAAAAUUCGAUAAAGGAAAAGGGAGCUUCAAAUUUGCUUUUGUCACUUAUCCGAAUCCCGAAGAAGCCGAAAACGCUUUCCGAGAAUGCCACGGGAAAAUUGUUAGCGGUAGGCCCGUAUACGUAACUUACGCCCUAACCAAGCCCAAAAUUGAACGCCAACCCGAAAAAAGUGGUGAACUAACGUCAAAAAAACAAAACCCGGAAACAGGAAACAAGAAGAAGACCGAAAAACCCACCAACAAAAAUGCCGUCCCCAAAAAUAAGAAGGCGAUUAAAAAACUGGAAAAGAAACCUGAAUUGGACGACGAAGAUGCUGACUCAACGAACGAUUCUGAAGAGAUGGAAGAUUUUGAUGAUGACGAAGCAGUGGACAAAUCUGACGAUGAUUUGGAUGAAGAUGAUUUUGAUGACGAGGAGGAAUGAAUAAUUAAAUUUAUGAUAACAUAAUAAUGUAUGAUUACAUUUACGAAUUAUUUUUAAAAUUAGGUAUUAUUGUGUAAAAGACUCAAAUUUUUUAAUUAAAUUUUAUAAACAAAUUAUUUUUUUCUUCAUUUGAAAAAUUAUGAAUGGCUGUGAUAUUAUUUUUUAUC